GUGCUAAGACUAGAAAGAUAGUCAUGACCGCUGCAGGCAGACGAGAAGGCUUUGACGCUCGAUUUGUUGAACCUCUCCACGAUCAAUGGACGUGCCCCAUUUGCCAGGUUGCCGCGCGAGAACCAAGACUUACCGACUGUGGUCACCAGUUCUGCUUUGAUUGUUUGAGGCCCCUUACUAGGGAUGGAAACGUGACAUGUCCUGUAUGCAGGACAGAGUUAAAGGAAGCGGAGAUCUAUCCAAACAACAUGGCUAAACGUGCGAUACUGAAUCUCAUGAUUUAUUGCGACAAGCAAGAGGAAGGCUGUACAUGGAAAGGCGAACUGAGGCAGCGAGAUGAGCACAACAAGGAGUGCGGCCAUGUGCUAGAAGUAUGCGACAAUUUUUGUGAAGAGUCUGUAUUGAGGAAGGACAUCAAGAAACAUAAAAAGUCUGAGUGUAGCAGAAGAAUGGUAGGCUGCGAUUACUGUGAUAGCCGUUUGGAAUCUAGGCAGCUAGCUGAUCACUACAAGAUAUGUGACAAGUAUCCUGUUGCCUGUCAUUAUCUGUGUGGAGUGCAAGUCGCUAGGAAAGACUUGAAGACGCAUAUUAGCAAGGAGGGUGAGUGUCCUAAAAGUUCUCUAAAGUGUGAUUUUGAAACUGCUGGAUGUCAGUUCAUUGGAAAUAGAAAGGCGUUACAACAUCAUUUGAACAGUGAGACAGUCAGUCACCUUAGUUUAGCUAUGCAAUCAGUAAGAAACUUAGCAGGAAGAUUGGUCAAUGCAGAGAAAAAGCAAGAAGAGACAGAAAAUCAGCUAGAAGAGACUGAAAAAAAGCUGGCAAUGGCUGAAAAGCAAUGGAAAGAGGCAGAGGAAAAGACACAAAUAAUGAUGAGGUCUUUUAUGAUUGAUGGCUUGGAAAGGUCUUUGCUAUCAGCAGAGUUUGCAAGGUUUGUACUAGGUAAAAAUAAAGCAUUUUUUUGUGAGUUAUCAGACGUCAGUUCUGCUCACCUUUGGAUGAUCAAGUGGUCAGAAAUCUGUAGCUCAGGUCAUGCGUGUGAACGCAGAGUACGUAAUGCAAAAGGCAUGAAUUUGUUGAUCCAGCUUUCUACUCAGUCAUGUAGUUCAUUGUCAGUGAAUAUUUUACGUAAAGACUGGAAGAUAGAUCAUCAACUUAGGGUGUGGAUUACCUUGCUAGAUCAGAGUCCUGCAAGUAGAAAAGUAAAUAAAGGCGUAACUCUUGACUUCUCUAGUAACUGGAUGGGAAGAACGUUGGGACAAGGACGUUUGGAUGUGGAUAAUAAACAGGUUCUUCUGAAGUUCCGUGGAGAUGGGAUAUACGUACUGGAAGACUACAUAUUGAUUGUAUUUCAAUUGAAAUUAUGGAAUCGUUAGUAUCAAGUUUCAAGAGGAGAUGUCGUGAAAAUUGAUAUUAAUUGAAAAGAUGUAAUAAGUAUACAUAAAUUGUUAGCGUUUUAAUUGAACGUUUUAGCAGUUAAAAACAAGCGUUCUUUACCGUUUGCUCUGCUUUCGUUUCCUGUUCUCAGUGGUGUACAAAUGCAGAUGCAGUCACUGAAUGUUCUUUAUCACAUUGCUGUUUUUGCAGACGUUUAGAAUUAUACGCUUCUGACCGAUGUCAUACUAAUCUAAA